AAAUAAUCGUUGCAUGUAACGCUUACUUGGACACCUACCCAGAGCAUGGACAAAAGUGCCCGGUGUAUGAACUUAUCUCUAGAGAAGUCCUUGAUCACUUGAGUCUGAGAGUGUGACUUAAAUGCAUGUUAUGUGAUGAGAAUUUGCCAGUUUUGAAAGAGUUAUAGGGUUGUGACUGUUCAUUUGGUAAUUUUACCUGCACUUUCCCAUUUGCUUUUACCUCAACUGCUGCAUUGGCUCUCUCAUAAGGUUUGUUCUCUUCUCUUUGCUCCAAUCUACCUUUCCUUCUAUGUAGAAUCUGUACAUAGCUGCAUUUUUACAGGGUUUUUUUUGUAACAUCCUUGUUUCAAGCUUCUAAGGUCCGGUUGGCGGGGCUUUCCCGUCCCGUGUUAUUUUUCUUAUUUGGUUUACAGUAAUUUUUCAUUUGCCUGUAUCCUUUAUAACCAUCCUUGCUUCAAAUUUUGAAAGUACAAAAAUUUACUUGUGCUGCAAAAGGAAAAAGAGGGAAGGAAGACUACCAUUUGGCUAUGUAGCAUUCUUUCCUAUUCUCCUCUCCUUUUGCAUGUACAUAUUAACACUGGAUCCUCAAUGUGGGAAUUUGAAAUUGAGUAUUGAAUUGAGGAAAUCAAAAUAGGAUGUGGGAAAAGCCAGCAGGAAUGCUUCUUCAGGAAGCACUUAUGCAAACAAGCGUUUUUGCUAUUCAAAUUUGAAUUAAAGUCUUAAAUGUUCUUUGAAAAUGCUUUUAAUAAACUAGAAACACUGUUUAUUUUUUCUGUCAAAAGUUGCCAAAUAGCGUUUUUUUGGCUAUUUCACGGCAUUUUUAGCCUUUUUGAAAGCACUUCUAGACAGAUAUCUUUAGAAAACAAGAGUUGCGGUUAUUUCAAUAAAUUAUCGGGGCAAAAAUUUCAUGUUCUACUUUUUAUCAUAAGGAAAUAUGUUUCAGGCCGUUAUUGUUGACAGAAAAGAAAAGAAAAAAAAAAAUUUACCUUGCAAACCUUAUCUCUUUGUUUAGGUGGUGCUUCAAAAAUCACGUUUAUAUCUAAGCACUUUUGCUAGGAGUACGUUGAAAUUUAAUUAAAAUCUGAAAAGUACUUGUAACAUGCUUGUGUAAUCUAAAUGUACGUCAAACAGGGACAAAAAUGCUUUUUGCAAUAAAUCAUCUUGGUGAAAAGUUCUAGUUCUACUUUUCAUCAGAAGGAAAUUUGUUUCAAACCAUUGUUGUUUGAAAAAAGUAGAAAUAUUUUCACCUUGCCAAAACCUUCUCUUUGUGGUAAAACUAGCAAAGAAAGUGACGUCAUCAGUGAUGAGCUGUAAAAUAUUUUGGCGAUGAUGCUGACGUGGGGCAUCCGUUACAAAUGAAUUGGUAUUUUGCAUUUACCGAAUUACCAAACUAUUCAUUUGUUGUUUUCCUCCCCCUUUAGCAGUUAAAUUAUUAACCUAUUAACACUAUCAUUUAUAAAUAAAAUAAAAAAAUGUUUUCAUGUUCUUGAAUUUCUUAUAAAAGCUGAUAUCUAAAUAGUACAGAAAAUUAGAAGCGAAUUACAUACAAAAACUGAUUACAAACUUUUAAUAAAAAAUGAAACUCAAGAACACUAAAUCAUGGUUUAUGUCCGACAUUAUUGUAGGUUUAGUAUGCCUCUGGUUCUAGUUUUGACUAAAAGUUUGUAACCGGCUUUUUGUGCGCAUUUUCUACAUUACAAACAUGGAUUGAAAUUAAAAUGUAUAUGGCACAAUCCAGCUAUGGAAAUAUGGGGGGAAGUGAACUAGUUGAAGGGAGAAGGAAGAGUGCCCGAAUAUCGGCAUUGAAGGAGGCUAAGAAGAACAAAGAAAUCCCCAAAUCCAAAACUAAUGUCGGUAGCGAGAACGGUAAGACACCUGUUGCAGCAAAAGCAGCAGCUUCUGGUUCCAAGAGGGGCCGAAAGCGCAAAAAACUUGAAGAUGUAGUUCUAUCUUCUCAACAGGUCGUUCUGUCCCUGCCUUACUCUUACAUUAUGUAUUGACAUAAAUUCUCUGUAGUGUAUCAGUAACACAUCGGUACUUGUUGACAAUGAUAUCGACACCAUAACGAUACAAUAUGGAUAGUUCGUUCUCUAAUAAAUAAACAAUGUUCGCUUAAGUGAAGAACUGACUUAUAUAUGUGCAUGCAUAAAUUGGAACUCUAGUUUAUCUUGGAUACUUAUUUCAGCGGCAGGGUCCUUUCCAAAAGUUGCGGCUCAGCAAUCCUUCCCUUCUCAUUUGCCGUUGCAUGCAAGUUUUUGAAGACCGAAUACAUGAUGUCGACGCGAGCAAGAUCAAUCAACUGUUAUCUACGCCAGUGGCGGUGAAACAAGUAUGCGAGUACAUCCUUAAUACGUUACAAAGGUGUGUGCACAUUGUUUUCUUUCUUCUGGAAUGCUUGAAUUACUAGUUGGAAAAUUACUCAAGGACGUGGAUUGUUUAAGCACGUAUGGCAUGGUUUUUUAACCUAAUGUGUCUGCUUUACAUAGGAGGGAUACACUUGAUGUAUUUGCUCAGCCUGUUGACCCUAAAAAGGUAAUAACCUAUUACACAACCAUAAAAAAGCCAAUGGAUUUUGGCACCCUUAGAGAUAAACUUCAUGCAGAAAUGUAUGCAACCCUGCAACAAUUCAAGCGUGAUGUGCUGCUGAUACCCAAAAAUGCAAUUCACUUCAACGGAAAAGCCACCAUAUAUUACCAAGAGGCUCAAGGUAUAAAAGAUCUUGCCAACGAACUUUUCAGAACUCUGAGAUAUGAUCGAAGGCGUUUUCUGUUAAAAUAUUACUUCCAUGAAAUACUCUGCCCUGAUGGGAAUGGUGGAGAUAUACACUCAAAGUUUCUUGAACCAACUGGGAAGCCAAAGUUUUUUGAACCAACUGGCAAACCACAGCGCUUGUGUGGCUCAUCUCUCAGAAGAGAAAAACAAGCUGAUCCAAAUCCUGGAAUGAGAAAUGGUAGGGGCUCAAAUUUAGCCGAAGUGCAGAGCCGUUACAGUUAUUGUACGCCUUCCAAUGAGAAUGAAUCUUUAAUCUCAGCUGUCUACAACGCCCCCAGCAAAUUACUUGCCCAUAUUGAUGCUGGUUUCGGAUACAAAGAAAGUCUCAUAUGGUUCAUUAAAAAUUUGGGGCCAACAGCUCAAAUGGUUGCUAAGAAGAAAUUAGAAAGUCUACUUGCAGCUCAGCAUUGCCAGCCCCAGGCAACCCCUCCAAUUCAGAACCAAAAUUAUCCAGCUUUCGCCCUAUCUGCAUCACCAGCACUUGGUCAUCCUAUCGGUGUUAAUAGUUCUCAAAUGGCUCAUAUGCAACAUAAUUGCCUGGAUAACUUGCCAAGGGAUGUGAAUGCUUCUUAUUUCCAUGGCGAUGCUUCUGCACAAGGAUAUGCCCCGGUUAGAGCCAGUGUAUGCAUCAAUGAGGGUGCUUACAAGGGAAAGAUGAAUGCAGCCGACACAUCCAGAUUAGGCAUGGAGGGUAAUGUCAUUGACCCGAAAGGGAAAGCACCCGAGGAACAAGAUACUUCUGACAAAACUUUCCCGAAACGGAUGGCUAUUGACAUAAACAAAACCAUGGACUUCACCAGUCUUCCCAAUGGCAUAAGACUUCACGGGAGCAACAUUGAAGGCAGGCCUCAUCAAUAUCAGAACGGAAACGUUCAGUUGGGGUCGCACAUUUGCGUUGUUAGAGAUUUGGGUGGUCCUGGGACAAAAAGCAUAAAGUUUAGGACUGUGGAUAUGCUAGCAGAACGUAACAAUGUAGGAAACCUGCUGCAGCAGCUUCCGCAAGCUCCGAUGUCUAGGACUGCAUCAAAUCAGUCGAGGCUGCAAGAGAUCACGUCGAAAACUAACACCUAUCUGAGGCCUUCACCCGCUCCUGAGCUGUCGAGUUUGAUCCAGGCAACAACUUGCUUCAAUGGUUCCGACACGCAACUCAAUAGAAACUAUGCAGCUAACUCUUUUCGUGCAGGUCAGCUUCCUCAAAUGAAUAACUAUAUAGCUAACCCUGCACAGGCAGGUCAGCUCAAGCCUCAUCCCAAUGCGGCGCAAGGUGUGCAAGAAAUGAGUAGCUUUCCGAGCAUGAAACUGAAGCUUGGUGAGGAUCAUAGUGCAAUGGCAAAGGGUGGCAUGUAUAUGAGGAGAGAACAAGGGGAGGUGUCGCUGGCGGCUCGGGGAAUUAUGAAGCCUCCUCCCUUGUACAAUGCAUUUGGUAGCCAUGAAAGAGCUUCUACUCAAUGGUACCAAAAGGAGCCUACUCCUGAAUCUUUUCUGCCCUGGCAGGUGGACUCUCAGCAGCCUAACUUGGCUCUUCAGCUGUGAGUUGAGUGAGCUAAGGGAGGGGCUCCUUUGAACUUUCAUCCCAUGCAUGUUGAUCAAAUGGACUUGUUUUGUAUUUCUCUUUUCAAUGUCCUUUGCCUUGUCCUAAGUUCACAGACGGUUUUAUGUUU